AUUUUCCUGGAUUUCUACAGCAAUUUUCAGAAACCUGGAUUCAUUGAGCCACAGAAUGGUGUAAAUAUUUUCAAAAAGCUAGAACUGAAGGGAUUUAGUAUGUAUUGGAAUUCGGAUGCGAAGAUGUCAAAAGAUAUAGAUAUACCAAAGAACUUACGGGAUAUACUAGCACCAGAAAAUACCCCUAGUACUUUUAUCAUACAUCCUUGUAGUGCAGAACUGCGUAUGGAACGCAAUUCCAGUAAAUUUCCAUUGAAAGGACCUACGCCUCGAUUCAAGUUUUUCCUCCGUCCUGAAAAGAUAACGGUCGAAAUGACUCGUCGGCAAAUAGCCGAGUUGCGGGCACUGAACAGAGAAUGGGCACGAUUCGAACGAGCGCGUCAGCACAGGAAAUGGCGACCAUUGACUCAUGUCGGAGAGAAGCGAAGCAGUGCUGAAAGCAUAAAUGCAAGCAAAGGAUCGCCUAGUAAAGGGUCAACCCCGGCUGCGGGCUCUCACGAAGAUGUGGCAAUUAUGAAACAAAUAGAGCGAGACUCGCAGUACACAUAUCAUGAGCUACAUUUAUUCCGUGAAACAGUGUUUCGUCGUAUAAUGCGAGAAAAGAGCAAAACGAAAGGGGUAGAGUUGUCUGCUCUGGCUGAGGACACGUUCGAGACGAUUGACAGUCCACUGGAAGGAGAUACCGUCUUCACAUUCACUGAACCCAGUACAAAAGGAAGACGGUCGUGGAUUGUAUGGAUGGAUAAC